UAAACAAAAUGUCCGCGAGGUUUGCUUGUUGCUAGAUAACUGUAAACAAUCAAAACAGAACAGUUAAAGUCCUUGUAAAAGCAAUGCUGUAGUUCAUACGCUCACUGGUAAUGAGUUCCCCUUUUGAGAGUCUUAAAAACACAAAGAAAGUGCCUUUGAACGGUCCGAAAAGUUUUGGGAGAUCAAGUAAUGCACCGUACAGAAAGGCAACGAUCAAUCCAGACGAGAUCUUAAACAGACAGCUGAAAGAAGUGAAAACUGACAGAAAUUGUACCACAAAUGUCAAAGCACCAUCUGAUGUUGAUUUACUAAGCAGCAUGGCUUCAAGACUGUCUUGGGCAGAGCAACAGUUAGGACUCUCUACCAGGGAGAUUAUUGAGAAGGAUAAGAAAAUCAAAAUUUUGGAAGAGAAAGUUUCAUUACUUGAAAAAGCACGAUGUUAUGGUAAUGAUAAUGUGAAAGAUCUCGAGAGGAAAUGUUUGGUUUUGCAACAGCAAAUUCAAGAGAUGGAGGAGUUUUUGUCUGAUUAUGGAAUGAUAUGGGUGGGUUCUCAAGGAGAAGAUGAGCAGAAAGAUGAAGGAACUGGGUCAGAAAUUAAACAAGAUACAUGUAAAGUUUGGAAUCCAGACUCUUCAAUACCUCACAGACAAUUCACUGUCAACUUUGAUCAGAUCAUCAAGAAUACUCAAGAGUUGAAUCUCUUAAACGGAAGUGAUCAAACUGUUGUGUCACGCACUAAAGCUGGAGCGACAUUUAUAGCAUCUGAUGUAGUUCCAUUGACGUUGUAUGCAAAUGGUAUUGUAAUGUUUGCUGGACCAUUUCGACCAUACACCGAUGUGACAACUAAGCGUUGUAUCAAUGACUUGAUGGAUGGUUAUUUUCCGUCUGAACUUCAAGACAGAUACCCAGAUGGCGUUAACAUUAAGGUUAUCGAUAGAAGAGAUGUGGAGUACAAAGACAGACGAACGGAGCUCUUGUUUCCUGGCUCUGGUCAAACUCUAAAUGAUGUCGGUGGUCAGAAUAUUGCGGCUGAUGCUCAAACACAAUCUUCUAGAAAUAAAAUAUGUUCACUGCAUAUAGAUGGGAAUAAUAAAGAGAAUGUUGAAAAUUUCCUUCAUCGCUUACCUCCGUCUUUGAUCGAGAAUGGCAAAAUUAUCGAUGUAAGAUAUGGUGUCGAAGAAACUCUGAAGGGACCCUCCAAUCUUUCUACCAAAAACGAAGUUCGUGUGAUAAACACUCCAGUUGUUCAAGAGAUCAAAACAAGGGCUGAAAAUAUGGGUGGACGACCUGAAUCUGCCCGCAACAAUGUCACGACUUUACGUAUCAAAUCAGAAAGAGGUGAUGAGGUAGUUACAACGUAUAUUUUAAAAAUGAAAUUCACAGACACGAUUGACAAAGUUCGCUAUUUUAUCAACAAAGAAAGACCCGAACUGCAUGAUGGGUACCGUAUCAAAACGUCAUUUCCAAAUAUGGUAUAUGAUGACGUAAUGCAGACCUUGGAGGAAGCGGGACUGGUACCAAAUGCAAUUUUACAUAUUCUUGUCUAAGAUUUUAGCAACUGAUUCUUUGGAUUGAAAAUUUAAAAUGUCUGAAAGUAUCGUUAACUUUCACCUCUGAAAGUUAACUUUAUUAUUUGAUGACGUUACAAUCGUAUUGCGGCCAUCUUAAUUUAUGAAAUGACGUCACAAUUGAGUGAUUUUUUGAAAUUGCCAAUUGUUUUGGACGUUUAAACACGUAUAACGUUGCGUUCGCUCGAUAUUCUUGACAUUUGACAAUUUUGACGGUUAUUGUCUUUUAAAAUUGUCGGCGUAUUUUGGAGAAACAUUGAAUAGAAGCCUUAUCAUCUGUCAA